AUGGAUGAAUCCCUCCAAUCUUACAUUGACCGCUUCCACAGAGAACUUGACAAGAAAUACCUCCGGAUAGAAAAUUCAUUGGCGGCACUCCGCCGUCGCAACCCCGACGCUUCAGGCAGUGCACCUGGUCGGGGGGAUAGUAGAAGAGCUGAUCGCAGGGGAGACGCUGACGAUCAGCGAAGAGGGAAGAAACCUUGUUACGAGCCUAAAAAGUCCUAUGCUCCCGUCCCUCGUCGCGAUCGCGAUAGAAACCAAUAUACUGCACUGAACGCAUCUGUAUCGGCUAUUCUUAAUAAAUCCGAGGAGGCCAACCUGCUCGGAGAACCUAAGCCCAUGAAAACUCCCACGACAACCAGAAAUAAUAAAAAAUACUAUUGCUUCCAUCGGGAAAAUGGACAGCAUACCGAUGAGUGCCGAGCUCUCAAGCAGGCGAUCGAAAACCUCAUCAAGCAAGGACAUUUCAAGAAGUAUAUUGAUGACUCUGCUCCUUCACAAGAGAAAAAUCAGGGGGAGCCAAGUAAGAAGCGUCACGAUCAGAAAGGAGUGUGCACCCUCAAUUUAAUUUUCGGGGGACCGCACUUCGCGGGGAACUCGCGAGGCGCCCAAGAAAGGUAUGCUCGCGAGGCACAUCAUGAGCCCAUCAGAACGAUAAGCAUGGCACAUCGACCACAAAAGGUUCACCGGGAGGAGGAAAUUUCCUUCUCCGAAAAAGAUGCGACCUGGCUGCAUCAUCCUCACGAUGAUGCCCUUGUGAUCAUGCCCCUCAUAGGGCGCCAUAAUAUCUAG